GCGGCCGUGCUUCCCUUCGACCCUUUUCUUGCCCCUCUCAUGGCCAUGGUGGAGGAAAGCGGAGCUCCGAGCUGGGAGCAAAGAAUCCAAGCCCUUACCCACAUCCUUACCCACCCCACCACCGCCCCCUCCCUCCACUCCCAGCUCUUUGUGGCCUCCCACGUCCCCUGCUUCCUCCGCUGGGACUACCCUCCCUUCCUCUGCCGGGCCGCCUCCUCUUCCAUUCCUUCCCCUCUCCUCCGCUGGUCCUUCUCCCUCUUCCUCUCCCGCGCCGCCCGCCUCUGCCUCCCCCGCUCCUCCUGGCGCUCCAAGUGCCCUUUCCAGCAGCCCCCGCCCCUCGUCCUUUCCUCCGCCGUCGAGGCCGCACCGCCCUGCUGGGGCCCCAAGGAGCGCCGGGCCUACUUCCGGAGGCGGCUGAGGCGGGGCCGCCUCGGCGUCCGCGUCCCUCCUAUCUUGGUCUUCGCCGUCCCCAACCUCGCCCUCCUCUCGCUGCUCUUCUGGGAUCCCACCUGGCUCCGUCGCCAGACCUAAAGGGAUUGUUAGAGAAUCCUUCCCCGGUAUUUGAGAUCAAUGUCUUCUCUAAGAGGACAGCCAUUCAUCAAUUCUCGGUAAAAGUGUUGGUGUAUUGUUGAACUCUUGCACAAGAACCAAGACAAACAAAGUUGAUAGUAUGAUCCUAUUUCAAGUUUAUUUUGCUUAAUAAGGAACCAGAUACAAGUUUAGUAGUAAAGAUAAUACUUCAUGAUCAAUUCUUGUAACAUUAGUUAAUAUAUCCUUGUAGAUAUAUAUGUGUGUAUUGUUAAUUUGUAACGGAAGCCUAAGUUUAAGGUUAUAAGUGGAUUAAGAGGAUUCCAUUGGGUUCAGUGAACAGCAUCAGAUAUACUCUGAGAAAUUCAAUUUUUUUUAUUACAUUA